AUGCCACUUGAACUAAGUUUUUCAGAUUACUUCCAAGGAACAAUUCAAUAUGAUAAAAAUGAGAAUGAAACUAUAUCAGGAUAUGGUAAUUAUUACAUUCAUGAUGCAACAUAUUCAUUUCAUUUUCAAAAUCAAGCAAUUAAAAUUUAUUCUAGCAGUAAAGUAUUAAUUGAAUCAUGCGCAUUUUACAAUAACAGUUCUACAUAUAACGGUGGGUCAAUCAAUAUAUUACAAUCUGAUUGUAUAUUAAUUCAUAUUUGUUGUUCGUUUUCAGCAGCUGGAUCUGAAACUGGUGGUGCAUAUUACAUCGAUAAUAAUGGAAAUAGUGAUCAAAAAAUAUAUGCAUUUGAAUCAUCAGUUUCACAAUGCAGUGCAUCUACUGCUGCAUUUUAUAAUAUAGGUUCUAAAAUUGAAAUUAGUAAUAUGAAUACUUCUUAUCAUAACAUUGCAAAUACUGGUGCAUUUUCUAUUGAGUAUGCCGAAAUUAGAAAAUCAGGAAUUAUGAAUUUAACAACAGUUUCAAACGUUACAUCUUCAUUAUGGGCAGCAAUGUCCUGUUAUUCUCUAUUUAAAUUUACAAAAUGCAAUUAUUUAAACAAUGAAUGUUCUGGAAAUACGAACUCGGUAAUAUAUAGUUCUCAAUCAGGUCAUUAUUCAAAUUGUUCAUUCAUAAGAAAUAAAGCAAAUUCAAUGUUUCGUGAGUAUCCAAUAAAUAUUAAUAAUUGUUACUUUAAAGAUAACGAAGUAAUUAAAGCAUCAUAUAGAGGUAAUGGUCGAAUUGUUAUAGGUGAACCAUUAGAUUCAAUUAUAUCACAUUAUUCAACUUAUCAUUGUGUAUAUGUAAACAAUAGUGAUGAAAAUCAACAAAUAUCAAAUACUAUACCAAAUACUGAAGGCAUUCUACCAUAUAAGAAUCAUAAAUUUAAAUAUAUAAGACGCUAA